AUGAUUCCUCUUCAUCAUCAUCAACGUGGUAUUCCAAUUUCAAAUUCGUUGGUAAAUUCUGUCAUCCAAGCCUCAUCAUAUGCAUUGGCCUCUUCCGAUCCUGACACUCCCUCCGAUGAUCGUUCAUUAUUAGGAGGUAAAAUAGGUACACUCAUCGGUCUUUUCAUAUUGAGUGUUGUUCUUGGAUUGCUGCCGUACAUUGUUCAUCAUUUAUCUAAAAUUGAGAAACUUCGGAAAUUGAAAAAGGCAUUGAAAAUCAUUCAAUUAAUCUUCAUGUAUUGCAAUUGUGUUGCUGCUGGAGCCAUCCUCGGAAGUGGUUUAACGCACUUGUUACCCGAUAGUGUAGAGUCUUUUAAUAAUUAUUUUGAAAUUUAUAACAAUCAAAGUAGUAAUACGGAUGAAGCAUCAUCAUCAUCUUUCAAUACCUUGAACCAUUAUUAUAGUAUUAAGGCUUUCAUGGCUGGUGAAGAUUCCAACAAUUCUACUUUUACUCCCAUUCCAGAUACCGUUACGGAAUAUCCAUGGGCCAUGAUGAUUGCAGGAACGAUAUGUUUAUUUCUAGUGGGAUUGGAUCGAGUCUUUUCGGAACAUUCUCAUGGCUCUUCUCAAUCCUACGAAGGUGAAACACAUUCUCAUCAUCACGGACAUGAACAUCAUGAUAUGGGAAUGAAUAACUAUGCUUCAGUUCAGGCUGGAUCCAGUGGAAUGGAUGAAACUGCUGCUCUCAUCCAUCCGUCCUCAUCCUCAGAACUGAAGAAUGAAUAUUCGGAAUUAUUGUUGGAAGAACAGAAAGCGAAACGUAAAUAUGCCUUUCUGGUCAAAUCGUUAUUGUUCACGUUUGCAAUUUGUGUGCAUUCAGUGUUUGAGGCUUUUGCCUUGGGUUUAGAAAGUGAUAUGAAUUCAUUUAUUUCUUUAUUUAUUCCAAUUGUGGCACACAAAGGAUUUGAAUCUCUGACCACAGGAUUUAUUGUAUUGAGAUAUACACUGUGUCGAGGAUCCUUUCAGAUUUGGAUUUUACUGCAAGUAGCAAUUUAUGCUAUAAGUACACCUGUUGGUAUGGGAAUUGGAAUGGCUAUAAGCAGUGAUUUAUCCCUAUCGUACUUUAUGAUUGCUGGUAUUAUUCAGAGUAUUGCUUGUGGAUCCUUUUUAUUUAUUGCAUGUUUUGAAAUUAUUCCAAGUAGCUUGGAGGAAAGUUCGACGAUUGCGGGAAGAUUUUUCAAAAUGUUUUUAGUGGUCCUUGGAUUUGCAGUCAUGUGCAUUUUGGCUGCUUUUAGUUAA